AUGCAGCUCCCAACAUCCACAGCCCUCCUGCUGGCCGCGGCCCUGAGCGGCGGCGGGCGGGCGUCGGCGGGGCCGGACCUGGGCUUAGGCGAGAUGCUGAGCGGGGGGUCGGUGCUGUUCCCGCGGCAGCAGGGCGCGACGGGCCAAAACCUGCAGACGUUCACAGGGGCGCUGGGCGGGGUCAAGGCGGACGCGGUGACCAACAGCGGCAACUCGGAGAGGCCGUUCGAGGUGGACGGCGACACCUUCACCGACUUCAACUCGGCGGCCCAGCGGAGCUGCGACAACCAGAAGAACAAGUGCGCGCAGGUGGCCAACUCGGGGGGCGGCGCCGGGUUCGAGGUGUCGGACUGUGACCAGCAGAACAACCAGUGCAAGGACGCCAUCAACACGGCCACGCAGACAGGUUCCCUGACUCUGACGAGCUCAAAUGCCGAAUUCGACUUCUUCUGUGAGAAUUGA